AUGCCGCCCUCCAAGCGUCAGCGAGUCAAGGACGACUCCGACUCGUCCGACUCCGACGGAUCGGAGUACGGAGUUGAGAGCAACAAGGGCGAUGAUCACAACAAUGUUGCGCCGGGUACUCACAUGCUUGGAUUGAGCCAGGAUUACGUCCCGUUCUGGACUGAAGGUGAUGCAUUUCGGGAAUGGUACCAGAAUUGGAAGGAUUCCAUCAUUCAGACAUUCAAUCUCAAUCCCAGACCUUUCAUCCUGGAGAAGAACACGACAGACUCAGACAUCCAGAUUACCAUCCAUCGCACCAUACAGACAGGAGCAGAUCAGUCUCAAAAGGAGCUCCUUGGCUACAUCAAGUUCAUCAAACAGACCGGUACUUUGGAGCUCGCCAACUUCAACGCUGCGCUGGACCCGCGCCACCUGAGCCUCGGAGGGACCACCAAGCGAGAUGACUCCAAGACUGCCGGGACCCAUGGCGAGGGGUUCAAAGUCGCCGCUCUAGUGAUGACACGCAACAACCGCGUAGUUCACAUCGAAUCGUCUUCUGGCUACUGGAAUUUUGGGUUCCGAGGCGCCAACAAGGACAAAUUUUCCUGUCAAAUUACGAAGCCUGCGACGUCAACAAUCAAGAAACACCGCGAUUCCCUCUUGUCCGAGAUUAGCAAUGGACGAGCCAGAACAAACCUUACCUCCUAUGUUCACCGAGACGUCAUUGUCAGGAUUUCGACUCCAAAGGGUUAUGAAAGCAUCAAAGACCAACAGUUCUGGGAUUGGAGUUCGGUCGCAAUCGACCUUCACUGUCCAUCUCCAGAGGAGAUCAUUCGAACUGAGCAUGGUGACUUACUCAUAGGUCCCCCAUUCGCAGGCCGCAUUUACCUGAAGGGUCUCCGUGUUUCUGGACAAGGACCCGGUAGCGCUACUUAUUCUUAUGGUUACGACUUUGCCAAGGGACGCAUCAAUCGUGAUCGAGAGCGUAUGAUGAAUCAGAUGGAGGAAGCCAGGAUUGUCGCCAGCAUCUGGGAAAUGGCUGUGAUUGAGCGGCCAGAGUUGACCAAGGAAUACGUCAGGUUGUUCGAUGUCGCUCGCAGCCCAGAUGUUGCUUUUACGGACACUGUGGUGUCGAAGAAGAUGGCUGAACAUCUCUGGCAAUAUCUUCUCAAGGACGCACCAAACUGCUUCUUUUACGCCAAUGACCCAGAUUCUCAGUUAGAUGUAGCACAUCAGGCUCAUCUUAUCAACAACGACCUGCAGAAGAAGGCAAGCAUUAUUCCGAGAGAGCUUUGGAAGAUGUUGAGAAAAUUCAAACUUGCACGCACCCCCGAAGAGCACAUCGAUCACAAGUUCUUGUCGUCUGAGGCAAUCACCAUACCAGAUGAUCUGUUUGCUAUCUCGGUCGACCGAAUGCUUCGGGCAGCCAUGCUUCUGGAGCACCGGCUCAAGAUAUGUCGUAUUGUGUACGUGAAAAGUGAUCACACUAGCAUCGACGUGCGUCAAGAUGUCUCCAGCUCACGUCUAUUCAUCCAUGAGAAGUGGCUGCGUUUUGAUACAGCACAUCAGGACGCUGCUUGCGACAUUUCCGACAUAAGCCAAGCCCGACGGAAGGAGACAGCUGUGUUUGCUUGUGAUCACGUUGUGGAGGACCUCUUUGACAUCGUUCUCAGGACGGUCAUGGGUGCAACGAAUCACGAUGCAUUGAGAAUCGCCAAGCUUAGAUCAACAGCAAGACGCCUCUUUCGCCAGACCCCAAGAGACAUAAAAGUCAGCGCUGGUUCGCUAGCUGGCCAGCUUCGGGUUGAAUGGACAUGCAACGAUCCAGGUAUCGUUGCGAAGCAUCAUGGAGAUGAUAUUAACUUCUACGUCCGCCUUCACCGAGAUGCUUCGUGCUGGUGUCAGAAGCAUACGCUCGUGCUGGAUAGCUGGGAGGUCGACGGUAGUGCCGACGCAGAGCCUGUUGAAUCAACGGCUGGCUGCGAGGAGUGGAUCGAAGAUCAGCAGACGUGGAGCAAGUGGCAUGCCGAAGAUCUUCCCAUCAAGAUCUCUCAAAUGUUUGCGACGCGCAAUGCCUGCAAGUGCGAUGCUACAGACAACUUCGUCGAUACCAAGUUCGACAGCCGGCGGCUCAACUUCAAUUUUGAGAAAGACCAAUACGUAAGGAUCAAAGACACUUCCGGGAACUUUGGAACAUACAUUGCGCUGGUGCAUGACAUCUCGCCCGGCAGUGUCCGCUGUGUGAAUACCCCGCACCUCAUCAUCACGAAAUACUCCUUUUACGAUCAGACAAGCCUUUUGUGGGAUUCAAAAACGUCAUGGGAUGACUACGAUAAGAACGAAAACAGAGAAUUGCUUUUGCACUGCACAGCGACCAAGACAAUGGGGACCUUUUCUGAUAAUGAGGUUGUUGCGAUCAACGACAUUGACUUGGUGGGACACAUGGGACCCGAUUUCGACAUCAUGCAUUGCGCUAAACACCCCGGUUAG